AUGAAAGAACGCCCGGAGCGGGCGUGGAUUGGCAGAGUCACGAGCGACUUCAACGGAGAGGACGGAAAAACCGAGGCCCUCGAAGAUGUCGAGGCGGAAAACUACCAGAAUCACCUAAAGAAGGAGAUGGAGCUGGGCAAGUUCUUAGGAGUUCUCACUUCUGAAUACAUCCGGGCGGUGAAGAAGGCAGAGCCCCGCACUGACGCCAACCAGACGGUAUCUUGUCGUCCUGGGAAGAAUCAGAGGAAUUCGUCCAAGUUCUGGGUGACCGCUCUUAAGCACAAUCCUACCACUGGAAAGCGAAUUUCUGCGCAGGAUGAAGAGGUCCUCAAAUUUUUGCGGGACGUGCAGUGCGGUCCCGUGGAGAACAACAAGGGCUUUGCGCUGCACUUCCACUUCGCCCCCAAUCCCUACUUCAAAAACAAAGUGCUGUCCAAGUUCUUCAUCGUGGAACCAUUGGCGGCAGCUGGCCGAUACCAGGUGUUACAGGCGGAUGGGACAGAUAUUGAUUGGCUGCCUGAUUGGACGAUGGAGCAAAAACAUGCGACUGUCAGCCCUGACAGUUCUCGCGGCUUCUUUGAGUUCUUCAAGACGCCCACGUCUCCCAAUGGAAACGAUUCCACUGAGGAGCUUUUGCCGGCCAUGCUAGAGUACGCGCGCCAGGAAAACAAAAGCCUCAAAGCGGAUCAAGCAUCGUUGCACACCGUACUGCAGAGCGUGGAAAACUACCUGGAGAGUCUGCUAAGGGCUGUUAAGAUAUGCUACGAUAUUGGGCUUGCGGACUCAAAGAUCUUUCCGAGUAUUCCAACGAAAGGGGGAGAUGUAAAUGAAAUCAACAUGAUCGGGUGUGGUCUGGCGGAUGCACUGAAUGAACACCAGAGGGACGUUCAGCUCCUAGAUGCAGCGUGCCAACAGCAUCAGAUACGCACCUUGAUCCGCUCCGUGGAAAUGGAUGCUUACAGGCGCUCGUUGUUCAAACCGAACCAAGCGGAUGACGUGGUUGUCAAAGCGCGUGCUUUUACAGCGGGUCUGAACAAGCUGGUGCAACGUCUGGAGGAGCUCAAAGCAGACACUUUGUUGGAUUCAGAGUUGCUUUACCAUGCAGACGAGGUGAUUUAG